ACUGUAUCGAGAAAGUAGGGCGGCCGCUAGAGGGAUAUCUCCGUCGUGUUUACUAAACGAAAAACGGCUAAAUAAGUCACCAAAAUGCCUACUGAUGUAGAAGUACUUAUAGAGAUGGGAUUUUCAGAGAAUAGGGCUCGAAGAGCUCUUGCUGCAACCAAGUAUAAGGGUGCUCAAGUGGCAAUGGACUGGUUAUUUGCCCAUGCAGAUGAUCCAGGUAUAGAUGAUCCUAUUGAGGAGGCACCUGGUCAGAGAUUGGGUGAUAAACCUGAGGCAGAAGGUGAUAAGAAUGCUGAUGAACCAGCAGAUGAAGCCAAAUCCAUCAAAUGUGAUGAAUGUGGUAAGAAGCUGAAAACGGAAUCUGAUAUUAUGAUGCAUGCUGCUCGAACUGGUCAUUCUGGAUUUUCUGAGUCUACAGAAGAAAUAAAACCACUUACAGAAGAAGAGAAGAAAGAGCAAUUAGCCAAUACUAUCCGUCUUACUGAUGGGAGCACAUUAACAAAUUCAUUUGAGGCCAAAGAGCCGUUAGCUGCUGUUCGACUUUACAUUGACGUGAAUAGGAAGGAUGGUAGUUCACCAUUCUCCUUAAUGACUCCGUUUCCAAGGAAAGUUUUCACUGAUGAGGACAUGGCCAAACCUUUAAGUCAACUAGGUCUUGUUCCAAGCGCUGUCCUAACGUUAACCAAGCCACAGUUAUGAUGUCAUCAAACAACUUUCGAAUAUAUCACCAUUAAAUUAAUAACAAACCCAAUACGGUAAUAUGGACUUUUUGAUGGAUGAUGUUAACAAGCUAAAAACUCCCUAUUAAAUUUACCACGUGGUGUAACAAUAUUACCUACAAGCUGAAAAGUAGUUCAUUCAUUCAUUCAUUCAUUCAUUCAUUCAUUCAUUCAUUCAUUCAUUCAUUCAUUCAUUCAUUCAUUCAUUCAUUCAUUCAUUCACUCAUUCAUUCAUUCACUCAUUCAUCCAUCCAUCCAUCCAUCCAUUCAUUCAUUUAUACAUUUGCCAAUACAUUAUAGAGCUAUAAAUUUGUUAUUAUAAUUACAUGUCUCAAAAAUAGAUUUUUUUUUUUUUAAUGAAAUGGGGUUACAAUGGGGUUGAAAUGAAUAAAAGCAGUAAAACAUUU